UGGAGGCGCCCGGAUCCUUCGCAGGACUUCUGAGGACCAUAGUGGUCCCAAGCUUCGUCUCCAGGGUGGAAGGGGACAGACAUGGAAAGAGAUCGUUCCUCGGCCAGUCUGGACUAUAGCUCCAGAGGCCGGGUGGAGGAGCAGGAUGGCCAGCCUUCUGCGGUGGAGGAUCCCGGGCACCCAGACAGCUACAGCCUCGUCACUGCCAGGGAGGGACCAGUGUCCCUGGAGGAGGAGGUGGAGGAGACUGAGGGGCCCUUGAGUGAGCUGCACCUCAAGGUGGCCCCCAUCCAGCUGGUCCGUGGUGUGCAGACCUGGCCGGACGGCAGUGUCUACCAGGGGGAGUUUGGGCUCAACGUGAAGAUGGGGUAUGGCGAGUUCUCUUGGCCCACAGGUGAGGCCUACUGCGGGCAGUUUUACCGUGACCACUGCCAUGGCCUGGGCACCUACACGUGGCCGGACGGCUGCAGCUUCACCGGCACGUUUUACCUCAGCCAGCGGGAAGGCUAUGGCAGCAUGAACCUGAAGACCAGGCUCUUCCAGGGCCUGUAUAAAGCAGACGUCCGAUUUGGGCCAGGCGUGGAGACCUACCCCGAUGGUAGCCAGGACGUGGGGUUGUGGUUCCGUGAGCACCUCAUCAAGCUGGCCACAGAGAUGCCCGGCAGCUUCUCCAUGCUCAGCUACCCAGAGUUCUCUGCCUUCCUCACGUGCUCUCGGGAAAGGAUCAGCCUUCCAGACCAGCAGACCAUGGAGUGGGGCCCACCCGAGGACCAGGACCCCUUCUUCUAUGAGUAUAAGCGCUUUCUCCUGAAUGAUAACCUGACACUGCCCCUGGAAAUGCAGGUCUACUCAACUGACUCCUGCCAUCUGCCCAUGACAAGCUCUUUACGCAGAGAACUGGAUGCCCAGAUCUUUAUGGAUGACAUCCCGCCAUUUGUUGACGAUGAAGAACCCUGGUUUAUAACAAAUGAAACCCCUUUAUUGGUCAAAAUCCAGAAGCAGGCUUACAAGUUCAGGAACAAGGAAGCACACACCAGCUGGAAGAUGGGCGCCAUCUUGGAGGGGAACCGCACCGGCUUCGGGCGCACAGGGCCCAAGGAACAGUUUUCCCAGGAAAUGAUCCUUAAGGCGGAGCAAGGCGCCUACGACUGGAUCUGUGGGAUUCUGAAGGACCGCCUUGCCUGUGCUGACGUGGCUGAUUCCAAGGGCUACACUGUGCUUGCCGCAGCUGCUGUGCACUGUCACAAUGACAUCGUUAGCCUCCUCCUGGAUCAUGGGGCCAACGUGAACAAGUUCACAGACGAAGGCCUCACACCGCUCAACAUGUGCCUCCUGCUGUACUACCCCAGUGGAUCUUUCAAACCCAAUGUUGCUGAGAGGACGGUGCCCCAGGAGAAGCCAAAGCAGCUCCUCAUCCUCAAGCCUUCCUGCUCUGGUGUGGAGAUGACUGUGGGCUCCACCUACGAGGCGGUGGAGCUUGCCCCAAGCAGCAGGGAGCAGAAACUGCUGCCAAGCCCUCCAGGCAGCCAGGAGGAUGGGCUAGCCUUGGGUGCCCCUCAGUCUUUGGAGUCCAGCUCCCCUUCAGCACAGGGCGCUCUCAGUGACAGGGAGAAAGGGCCAGAGGAUGCAUCCGGAGGCCUGGACGUGUCCCCCCUGUGCAGCGAGACACACUUCGCCUCCAACCUGUGUGUACACAACUACUCCAUCCAGCUCUCGAGGGGCAUGUUGGAGAAGAGCGCCCAGGCCUAUAGCACACUGCAGGCCCCUACUAUCCCAGACAAGGGGACCGUGAGGGGGAUGGCGUGGUCCAUGGUUGAACACAGAUGCCGGUGGUUGACCAUCAAGCUGCUUCUGCACCGAGGUGCAGACCCCAACCUGUGUUGCGUACCCAUGCGGGCCUUGUUCUUCGCUGUGAAGGCCGGGGAUGUGGAUGGGGUGCAGCUGCUGCUGGAGAGCGGGGCCAGGACCGACAUCCGGUACCCGCCCCAGCUGGGGGCCCUGACUCCACUCCAUAUCGCUGCUGCCCUCCCAGGGGAAGAGGGCGUCAGGAUCACAGAGCUGCUGCUCCACGCCAUCACUGAUGUGGACGCUCAGGCAGCUGACCAGGAUGAGGCAUACAAACCAGACAAGCUGGAGCUGCUGCCCUCAAGCCUGAAGCUCAGCAAUGAGCCGGGCCCACCCAGCAGCUACUACACCACGAGCAUGCGUGUCGCUGAGGAGGGCGGCAGGACGGCUCUACAUGUGGCCUGUGAGCGGGAGGAUAGCAAUAAGUGUGCCAGGGAUGUCGUGCAGCUCCUUCUGUCCCAUGGGGCGGACCCCAACCUGCUGUGGAGCGGUCAUUCCCCGCUCUCCCUGUCCAUUGCCAGUGGGAAUGACCUGAUCGUGAAGGAGCUCUUGUCCUGCGGAGCUGACCCCAACCUGCCCCUGACCCGAGGCCUGGGCAGCGCCCUAUGCGUGGUCUGCGACCUGGCCUAUGAGCAGCGGAGGAGCACGGACAACAAGAUCACCCUGAUUGACCGGCUCCUGCAACACGGGGCCGACAUCCUGAAGCCAGUGACACUCAUGCAGGGUGACAGGAUGGCAGUGGGCACUGCAGUGGACUACGGCUACUUUCAGUUCUUCCAGGACCGGAAGAUCGCCCACUGCCCCUUCCACUCACUGUUGCCGGCGGAGCGGGAGACCUUCCUGGCCCGGAAGAGGCUCCUGGAGCACAUGGGUUUGCAGCUGCGGCAUGCCGUGCUGGCUAAGGAGCAGGAGUGGGACAGGAAGGCGCUGGCCCACAGCAGGAAAGUGGAGCUGUGCCCUAGCCAGAGGAUGAAGAAGAGAAGCUCAGGCCUGGCCAAGGCCCCGGACACGGAGGGCCAGGAGCUCAUGCCUUUCUUCAAGUUUUGCUACCAGUGUGGCCGCUCCAUCGGUGUCCGCCUCACGCCCUGCGCCCGCUGCUAUGGGAUCCUGACCUGCAGCAAGUUCUGUAAGUCCAAGGCCUGGGUCGAGUUCCACAAGAAGGACUGCAGUGAGGUGAUGGGCAUGCCAGGCCGUCAGAAGACAGGUGCAGGCCCACGGGGCCAGGAGGGGUACUGGGGCAGAGCGGGAUUGCCCCUCACCCAUGCAGGCUCCAGACCCGGGCUGUCCAGCUGGGCUGCCUGCAGGCUCUGCUGUUCCUGGGCUACAGGGCUCUUGGCCCAUGGCAUGGUGUGGGUUGGGCUCUGUAUAGAACACUACUCUCCUGCCCUCCUCCUGGGCAGUGGGCUCGACCUGAGGCUGGGCGAAGGCAGGCAGGGGCUUCCUCACAGCCUUCUGUGGGUGGAUGCACGGAGCCACCUCUGGCCUCAGCCUGGCCUGUGCAUGCCGGCGGUGCCCCUUGGCUUGUCCUCUGGAGAGGGGAACAUCUUAACACAGGCACCAUGCACUGGGGACCUGGGCAUGGCUGCUUUUCUGGGGCUCCAGGGUGGGGCUGCUGUAGAUUCACAGCUUAGCCGGGCCAUGGGGCUCUUGUCAUGGAUGAAGGGGCUUGGGGGUGCAGAGAACAAGGUCUGACCCCCCUCACUGUGCCUCUCUCGUCCAGUGCCCAGCUCUGUAAACACCAACUGGAGGGCAGAAGACCCUCAGUGAAGGAGGCCAGACCCAGGGAGGAUCUGGGGCUGUGCCCACCGGUCACCCGUGGCUCUGUGGGGGCUUAGGCAGAAAACCUCUGUAUU